CCUCCCCCGGAAAUGACGCGCCGGAAGCGCCUCUCCGCCCACAGGGGGCGGGGAAGGAAGAUGGCGGCGCCCAGCAGCCGGUGAGGAGAGAGGGCACGGGGGUUCCCGGGGGCGGCCGGACUCGCGCGCUAUGGCCGCAUCCCCGCAUGCUCUCUCCUCACGCCUCCUGACAGGCUGGGCAGGAGGAUGUGUCUGGUAUUUUGAAAGAAGAACCAUCCAGGAAUCCCCUCACAAGUUCAUGCAUCUUUUCAGGAAUGCCAAUAAGCGGUGGAUUACAUUUCAACACUUUAAUUUCCUCAAACGCAUGUAUGUCACACAACUGAACAGAAGCCUCAACCAGCAAGUUAAACCAAAGCCAGAACCACUGGCAUCUCCUUUCCUUGAAAAGACAUCUUCAGGUCGAGCUAAGCCUGAAAUACGUGAGAUGAGACCUCUUUCAUCCCCCAGUGUAUCUUUGUCCAGAAAGCCACAUGAAAGGGAACUAAUGGAACUAGAGUCAGCCUCAAUCAUUGAAGGCUCAGCAAAUGUGGGAAAAGAGACAAAAGAUGACAAGCAGUGGAAAGAGAUGAAGCUGUGUGUGGAUGAUCUUCCAGGAAUUCUGGCUCGACUGUCCAAAAUCAAGCUCACAGCUCUAGUUGUGAGCACCACCUCAGCUGGAUUUGCAUUGGCCCCAGGCCCUUUUGACUGGCCCUGUUUCCUGCUUACUUCUGUCGGGACAGGCCUCGCAUCCUGUGCUGCCAACUCCAUCAAUCAGUUUUUUGAGGUGCCAUUUGAUUCAAACAUGAAUAGGACAAAGAACAGACCUCUGGUUCGUGGACAGAUCAGCCCACUGCUAGCUGUGUCCUUCGCCACUUGUUGUGCUGUUCCAGGAGUCGCCCUUCUGACCUGGGGGGUGAAUCCACUCACAGGAGCAUUGGGGGUCUUCAACAUUUUCCUUUACACCUGCUGUUACACACCACUGAAGAGGAUCAGCAUUGCCAACACGUGGGUCGGGGCCGUGGUUGGGGCCAUCCCACCGGUCAUGGGUUGGACAGCAGCCACUGGCAGCCUGGAUGCUGGAGCCUUUCUUCUGGGAGGAAUCCUCUACUCCUGGCAGUUUCCGCAUUUCAACGCCCUGAGCUGGGGCCUGCGGGAGGACUACUCCCGGGGCGGCUACUGCAUGAUGUCGGUCACCCACCCAGCACUGUGCCGGCGCGUGGCGCUGCGCCACUGCCUGGCCUUGGUCGCGCUGUCUGCCGCCGCGCCGGUGCUGGACGUCACCACGUGGACCUUCCCUGUCAUCUCCCUCCCCAUCAACCUGUACAUCUCCUACCUCGGCUUCCGCUUCUACGUGGACGCAGACCGCAGCAGCUCGAGGAAACUGUUCUUCUGCAGCCUGUGGCACCUGCCGCUGCUGCUGCUGCUCAUGCUGACCUGCAAGCGAGGGUGUGGGACGGACGGCGCAGCCGCCAGCUGAGGCACGGGCGUGCAGGCCGCACAGGUCUUCUGUGAAGAGCUCGAGAAGGACUUGGUGGGUUUAGUACAAGAUGGUAAAAUAAUUUGGUGCUCAGUGAUCACUGGACAAUUAUUUUAAAUGAUAUACAGUAUGCCCUCCAAAUACAAAAUGGGUUGGCCCAAUUAAUGACUAUAAAGAAAGACUAUUUUUCCCUUUGAGGGUCUUUAUACUCCCCUUCCUCCAAACCCGUCCCACUCCCUUUUUCUCAUCCUCUCUGGAUGUACCUGUGCCCUUUUCCUGGCUCCUUCCCCUGCACCCCCCACUUUCCACCUGCCACCAGAGUGGCAGCAGGUGGCCCCUAAGGAGAGCACUUGAUAACCUGCUGUCUGUAGCCUAUGUGCGCAAGUCCCUGCUGGGCCUGGUCCCAGGAAAUGCACACUUUGACCCCAGCACCCCCUGGCCUGUGAGUGAGCCAGGGUCCCCCCUGCCCCACUUUGGGCUUCCUCUACUCCACAGCCGGGUGAUAAACUAUUAAUACAUAGGGUAGACUGCCACUGGGAGGGAGAUUUCAAACGGUUGUCUAGGAGGGGCCGUCUCAGACUGGACUGCCAGCCCCUGCCUCCCUGUCCCCAGUAUCAGCACUUUAAACCAGGGAACUGAAGGCAUCUUUCUAAUCCACUGUAAACUGCAGGUCCUAUGUGAGGCAGUCCUUUCCGGAAGGGUAGCUCCAGGUUUAAUACCAGAAAUCUUUCCGUCUGCAAGCCCAUAACUGAACCUCUUGGGUCACCACUGUGGGUCCUCAGCUCCCCGCUGCACGGCUUUCUCCAGCCUGUGUGAAAAGGGAAGUCAGAGAGAAGGGUGUGCAGGGCUCUCCAGCCACCUGGCUCACUUUCUAGUACCUUCAGUGAAACACACAUUUCCCUCCUGAGAUCUCCUGAAUUAAAUUAGCCUCCACAUGUCCAGUGGCUUUGAGAGGCAGAAGCAUGGUUCUGAGAGUUUUGGGAGUUGCCCUGUAACCAGGCAUGGCCGCGGGUACCAGACGCAGUCACCUGUAGCUCUUUAGCGCUUCAUAUGGCCAUGGGGUUGUGUAGAGCCCCAGUGGAUGAAGGUCCAGAGCUAGACAGAAUGUUGUAAUCGCUCCGUCUCCCAGACACUGCUGCACAGUGCUUAAGAAGCCCUGGCAAUGUGCCUGUUCUCUCAGAAAUUUCUAAAGAGAUUGCAGAUAGCCUCUGAUCUCUGUUACUACUUACCCAAAAUCUCUCUUGGCUGUCCCCUGUAGGGAACAUGGCAUAGGAAAGUCUAGAGAAAGCAUCUACAACUUGGUAUAGCCUCCACAUUUGCAAAAUGCAUUGAUUCUGGUUUUUUUUCAUUGAUUCUGUUUUUUUUCUCCAAUAAAACCAUA